CUCAGUGUGCCAUGAAACGCUUGCACUGCUGAUGAAAAGAUGCAUGGUGCAUGAAUAUCUCGCAGCAUUAUUUGUUAGCAUUUGAUGAUGAUCACCUUGGGGACGUUAACUGUAGCACCACACCAUGUUUGUAUGGAUAAUCAUUUGGCUUUAAGCGUGAAAGACGACUAAAUAUGAAAGCUGAAUGAGCAAGAGUCAACCAGUCAUCUGUCAGCUGAGGACUUGUAUCCAAACAACAUGAACCUUGUAAGUAAUGGAUUGUCAGUGCAGUGUUACUUGAUGCCAAAGCUGAUAGGAAAAAUGAGAAGAAGAGUUCAGGAGAUGAGAAACCCAAACACUAUGGUGUCUUCAGUAGAUCUGAGUUACAACGAGAGCACACGACUGGCUAUGGAUGCUCUCUUGGAUAGAGGGAUUGAUGGAUACCAGGAAGUGCUGAACAAAGAGAAUGAAGCAAACUUUCUGUCAGCGGAGGAGAAAACAUACAUCUUAAACAACAUUAAAAAGCCUCUCACUGACAAUGAAGAGACAGACAGGGAUGAAGAGAUGUCCGGUUCUCCAGCAGUUUCUUCUGAGACAUACUUUCCUGCGGUCACAGAGAGUGAGCCUCCAGUUCUUGACUACGGCUGGCCGGUGGCUGACUGGAGUUACCAUCUGCAAGGGAUUCCCAGUGUGGAAGUGUUCUUCCACUCAAUGAAAUCAUUUUCCAUGAAAGACCUGCUGCGGGAACUCAUCAGGCAAGCAACUAAAGUUUUGGCGAUAGUUAUGGACACAUUCAGCGAUGUGGAGAUUUUCUGUGACAUACUGGAGGUGAUAAGAAAGCGCAAUGUGUCCGUCUAUCUCCUUCUGGACCACACCAAUUUACAGCUGUUUCAGGACAUGUGUGAAAAUUUAAAAAUCAACAAGUCUCAUCUUACUAGAAUGUCCAUUCGUAGUGUUCAAGGUGAAACAUACUGUGCCAAAUCGGGCAGAAAGUUCACUGGACAGAUGAAAGAGAAAUUCAUCAUUGUGGACUGCACAAAAGUGCUGGUCGGCUCUUACAGUCUCACCUGGCUGUCCUGGCAGGUUCACAGAAGCUUGGCCGUACUCUUCAAAGGCAGCGGGGUUAAACCUUUCGACCUGGAGUUUCGCAGACUCUAUGCAAUUUCUAAACCUAUCCCAGGAUUUACCUGCCACACAUCAGAUCUUGGUGAUCUCUGCCUACCCUUUGAGAAACUCCAGAUCCCAAUGCGCCCGGCAGGAAUUGCUGGAAACACUCCCGACCACCUACAACAGAAACCUCGUAAACCCAGGAACCCGAGUUUCCCGACAGCUCCUGCCCUGGUCAGACAAACCAGCUAUCCAAACGUCACCACUGGACCGCAAAGGUCUCAAUGGCUUCCACGGAGGAACACGAUCCAUCACCCCAUUGCUUAUCAGCCCCCUCUUUUCAAAGAUUAUAAUACGAGGAGCCAACCUUGGCGCCCAAUACAGGGCAAUCACAUCAACAGAGGUGUUCCUGCAACUUCCCACUGGUGCUAGAGCAGGUUAUUUUAAUG